UAUAGCGAAAUAUGAGUGUUCAUAUUAUUUCCCUUUAGAGUUUCUGCGCGCUUUAGUUGCCGUUGCCGCUUCAGUUUUGGCGGUAAAAUUCGCAGGGUUUUUUGGUCGAUUUGAACUGUGGUUUUGCUAAUCGAGUGUGUGAAAAAACACCGAAACAGAAAUGGUAGUUGAAGCUAAAAUCAUCAAGCCUAUCGGCAAGGGCAUCGUUCACAGAAUCUGCGCCGGUCAAGUUAUCCUUGACCUCUCUUCCGCCGUCAAGGAACUUGUCGAAAACAGCUUGGACGCCGGCGCCACCAGCGUCGAAAUCUCCCUCAAAGACUUCGGCGAAAAAUGGUUUCAGGUAAUCGACAACGGUUGCGGCAUUUCCCCGGACAAUUUCAAGUUUCUUGCGCUGAAGCAUCACACAUCGAAGUUAGCAGAAUUUCACGAUCUUCAGUCUCUCACCACUUUUGGCUUCCGAGGUGAGGCGCUGAGUUCGCUUUGCGCUUUGGGGGAAUUGACUGUUGAAACGAGAACGGCGAGCGAACCUGUUGCUACGCACUUGACUUUCAAUAAUUCAGGUGUUCUCGUGUCAGAAAGGAAAACUGCACGGCAAAUUGGAACCACCGUUAUGGUAAAAGAGUUGUUCUCCAGUUUGCCUGUUCGGAGCAAAGAGUUCAGUCGUAACAUACGCAGGGAAUAUGGCAAGCUGGUUUCUCUGUUGAAUGCCUAUGCGCUUAUAGCGAAAGGUGUUCGUUUUGUCUGCACCAAUACGACUGCUAAAAAUGUGAAAUCUGUGGUUCUUAAGACGCAAGGAAGUGGUUCACUUAAAGAUAACAUCAUAACAGUGCUUGGCAUGAACACUUUCAACUGCUUAGAGCCUGUAACAUUGUCUAUAUCUGAUUCUUGCAAGGUUGAGGGUUUCCUUUCCAAGUCUGGACAGGGUAACGGACGCAACUUGGGAGAUAGGCAGUAUUUUUUUGUUAAUGGUAGACCGGUGGAUAUGCCUAAAGUCAGCAAACUUGUGAAUGAGUUGUAUAAGAGUGCAAACUCUAAACAGUAUCCCGUUGCUAUUUUGAAUUUUAUAGUUCCUACCAGAGCAUAUGAUGUCAAUGUGACUCCUGACAAGAGGAAAAUAUUUUUUUCUGAAGAAAGUGUCUUAUUGCAAGCCAUGAGAGAGGGAUUGCAACAAAUUUAUUGUGCUGGUAAAGUCUGUUACUCUAUUAAUGAAGUUAUGCUGCCUCCUCAAAAAGAAGAGUGUGUUGAGUUGCGUUCCUCUAAUGGGAAGUCUCCUAUUGUAAUGAAACUAUCAUCGUCAAAUGACAGUCAUCCUCGAGAAAAACAUUGUAAUGAAAGUAACAAUGUUAGCAUUUGUCUAGAUGAACUUAAUAUGCAGUGUGACAAUGAUACUAUAUCUCAGGAUGAGCUUGAGAAGAAACAUAUUGCUGAUAUAAAAAAUGCUUCUAAAUCUAUUAAUGAGUAUCAGUACUCACAUGUUGAAGAAGGGUUAAUUUGUGAUAAUAAUGGAAGUUUAAUGAACCAGGAGUUCACACUCAGAGCACAUAACACUUCAAAGGUUGACAAUAAUGGAAGGCAGUCAGCUCAUCCUGGUAGAAUUAGACAUGAUCAACAUACUAUUGUCUCAAAGACAAUUAAUAGUGGCAACACUUCUAGUCAAUAUUCAUUUAACCAUUCAAGACAUGUUCAGUCCACUCUUAAGAAUUUUGUUUCUGUAAAUAAAAGAAAUCGUGAUGGUGUAUUUAGAGCUUUAUCUGGAGUGCCUGUUCUUAGAAAUCAAGAUUCUCAUUGUCAAUUGAAAACUGCAAAUACUGAAACAAAUGACCUGAUUACAAGAUCAUCACUUUGUUUGGACCAAAUUGAUGAAGCUUCAAGGGCAAGUGAGAUUGAAUCUUUUAAUUGUGACUCCUCUGACAGAGAACCUGAAUCUAAUAUGGAAAUCAAUCUAAAGAAUAAUACACCUUUAGCCGAUACACCAUCAAUUACUCCUGGCAUUGAUAUGAUCUCUACAGAUGCUUUGGCCUCAAGCCCUCUAGUACAUUCUUCACCUGCACUGUUAGAUUCUUCCAAGUCUUCUGGUCGUAAGAUAUGCUCUAACAUGCAAUUUUCUUUUCAAGAGCUUAAGAAAAGGAGAGAGAAGAGGAUUUCUCUGUUUCAAUCCAGUAAUUUUGGAUGUGGAAAAGCUAAAGACAAGAGUCUCUAUUCGGCUGCAACAUUGGAGCUUUCACUAUCACAAAUUGGAGAGGAAAAAGAAAGGGCCUUGGCAGCAGCAGCUACUGAACUUGAGAGAUUUUUUAGGAAGGAAGACUUCAGCAGAAUGAAGGUUAUUGGGCAGUUCAACCUUGGGUUUAUCAUUUGUAAAUUGGAUCAAGAUUUAUUCAUUGUGGAUCAGCAUGCUGCUGAUGAGAAGUUUAAUUUUGAGCGUCUAUCGCAAUCAACCAUCUUGAAUCAACAACCCCUUCUGAGGUCAAUAACAUUGGAAUUAUCCCCUGAAGAAGAAAUAGUAGCAUCGAUGUACAUGGACAUAAUCAGGAAGAAUGGAUUUACUUUGGAAGAGGAUCCAAAUGCACAACCUGGAUGCCGUUUUAAAUUAAAGUCUGUUCCCUUCAGUAAGAACACUGUGUUUGGAAUUGAAGAUGUUAAGGAGCUGAUCUCUACACUGUGCGAUGGUGAUGGCCACAUGGAAUGUUCCAUUGUUGGUAGCUUUAAACUGGACUCCUCAGAUUCUAUAUGUCCAUCAAGAGUUCGUUCAAUGUUGGCAUCACGUGCAUGUCGAUCAUCAAUUAUGGUGGGUGAUGCACUUGGAAGAAAUGAAAUGAGAAAGAUACUUGACCAUAUGGCUGAACUCAAAUCCCCUUGGAAUUGUCCUCACGGCAGACCAACCAUGCGCCAUUUAGUCGACUUGACAAAAAUUCACAAGAAGUCUGAGCAUAAAAUGCAGAUGUAGUCAACAAUGGACUUUUAGCCUGAUCGCCACUGUUAGAAGUUAAGGCAGUUAUGUAACUUAUUUUGUACAAAUACCUGUAAAUAUUUGUUCUCAAAUGUUACUGUAAAUUUAAUGUGCCUGGAUAUCUUGGGUGCGUGCAUACCUGACGCGCUGAAAUUAUUUUUCAGCUAUCCUUCUUUACUUCGCUAAAGGUCUCAGCAAAAUGCUAUAGCUGCAUAACUUCUGAGCUUUCA